UGCUCUUACUGCCUUGUAUAAUAGUAUUCAUGACCAUACACACUGUAAGACUCCAAAUUUCGCGGCAGUCCAACUUAUGGUCGCAAACAUUUGUUCUGCGGAACGGACUCGAACGAUAGCUAAUUAACGUUAGUUUUAUUACUGAUGGCGGAUGUCUUCUUACAGCAAAGCUGCAUAAACGAAGCGGUAGCACAGCUAGGCCAUGCCAUCGAGGACGACACGUCUGGAGCCUUGCAGCGGAAUGAGGCUUUGGCUGAAAUCUCGGAGCUGUUGGCGCGAGCGAAGCAGCAGAAGAUGGUAGCGGGCUCUGAAACACAUGCACAGGGAGAUGUGAGCACGCCUCGCGGCUUCAAGCGAUCAGCGUCUGGCAUGGGAUGGGCCUUCUCGCCUACAGGUCCCGCGCUGAGCCCAGGCCCCCAGUCGCCGAUCCCCGAAGUAGUCCAGACGGGCCUGGGAGCGCUGUCUUCCGCCAAGAAGACGCUGACCGCCUUUCAAGACGAGCUGAACACGGGCCUGACGCAGCUAGCACAGCAGGCAAGCGAGGCGCGCCGUACGGCAUCCGCCGUCAGAGCUCAUGUCGACAUGCUGCAUCAACUUGUGUCCCCGGAGAAGGCUGCCGCACGCAUAGGCAGCCCGUUGGGCGCUGCCCAGGCCGGCACGCCCAACUCGGAGGUUGCGUCGCUGCUCAGAGUCCUCCAGGAAGCAGCGGAGGAGCGCGCGUGGCUGGCGGAAACGUCGUUGCGCACACCGUCUCCGCACCAGCUUGGAUCCCUCAUUGAGGAUCUGCUCCGCUCAGGCGGCAAACGCUCACAUAACGCAGCAGCUGCGCUAGGCAGCGACGGCGCUACCGACCCACAUGGCAUUGCGGAAGGGGCUGACCAGGGCGGCCCUGCAGCACCACCGACACAGCUGGCUUCGGGGCGGCAGCCGGCGCCUGGGCAGCAACCCCAGGACUCAGCAUGGCAGCAUGUGCAUGCCGGGCCGGGGCCAUGGACCGCCGGUGGUGGCGUUGGCGCCAAAGCGCCUCCUGGGGCCUCGCAGCCUGCAGACAUGGGCCUAGGGCAAGGAGCUGUUGCAAGCAGCGCCUCCACGACGUCAGCUGAGAUAGCAGAGCAAGCAGAGCAGCUGCUGUUGCUCCAGUCGGGUGUGCAGCUCCUCGAGGCACAACGGAAGGAGCUCCUCGGUAAACUUGCAGACACUUCAUCAAAGGUGUCGUCUUGUACCAUAGAACUGGAGGCCGUGCGCUCGGAGCUGGAAGCCGCCAAAGCGGAGCUCGACGCGAAGGAGCGGCAACUGCAGGCCCUACACGAGCAGCACCACGCCGUCGACUCAGGCUUGCAAGAGAAGCUUGGACAGUUCCAACACCUGGAGUCGCUGGUGCAGACAAGCUCCGCGCAGCUCGCGGAGCUUGAAGCCGCCAUUGCUGCCGCCUCAGCGGCUACAGCCAGAACUGCGCCAUCAGCAGCGGCAUCAGGUGCAUUGGUAGAGUCCGAGCGCCCCCGCAGCCACCGAACCAAGCGUCGGGUUAAGCGCCAUGUGCUGGGAAGGCGCUCGCUGUCGUGCGGGGACCUCUCGACGCUCCUUUCCGGAUCAGCAGCAGCGCGCCAAGCAUCCAACACGAUAACCGAGGAAACCACCUCAGCGGCGACAACCGACGGAGGCCACGGAACCGCCUGUGACAACGCCCAGAACGUCAGUGCUGCGACUGCAGCGGGCGCAGCCCAGCGGGCGACAGCUCCAGCCAGCGCUGAAGCCGCGCCUGCUGCUGCCCCUGCCCCAGAUGAGCGGCUGGCAGCUCUGUAUCAGGAGCUGCAAGCCCUCGCUGCCGAGCACAGCAAGGCGCUGGUGCAACUGGAACAGGAGCGUCACGCCGGCAUGGCGCAGCAUGCAGAGCUGGUGAACCUGCGACAGAAGCUGCGGGCGCAGCAGGCAUCUGACAUCGUCUCGAACGCCGGAUCCACCGGCGGCCUUUCCGCCAGCUCCAGUUUGAAGCGGCCCCUGGCGGCGUCCAUGUCCGGCAUGGAGGAUCUUCUGGAGGAAGCCGCAGCAGAUUUGGAUCAGCUGGAGGGGCACAUCGUGAACGCGAAGCAGCACCUGCUCGGGCUGCAGGCGCAGAACUUGGAGUUGACACAGCAGGUGUCUGGUGCGAUACGUAGCAAGGCGGAGGCGGAAGCGCAGGCGCGAGAGGAGAUGCAGCGGGUGAAGGCGCUCCGGCAGGAGGCUGAUACACUGCAGCGCACGAUGGCCGCCAACCAAGCCUCUUCAACGCGCCUGACUGCUCAGCUGGCAGACGCUAAGGCAGAGCUGGAACAGCUGGAGGCACAAGCGCAGCAGCAGCGCGAGCACCUGCAGCAGUGCAGGGAGGCAGCGCAGGAGCAAGAGGAGCGGUCGCAAGAAGCUCAUCGGCGGCUGCUUCAGACGGAACACAGCCGAGACGAAGCUGAGCAGGCGCGCAGAGCGGUGGAGCAUCAACUGGGGCAGCUGCAGGCGCAUAUGGAGGAGGUAGAGCGCCGAACGAAGCAGGCAGAAGAGGACACGGCGUCUGCUCGCAAGGAAGCCAGUGCGCUAGCUGACGUGGCGCAGAAAGCACGCCAGGACCAAAGCGCGGCGUUGGAGGAGCUUGAACGCCUAAGGCGAGAGUCCGCCAGCGCUGGUGUGGAGCUAGCAGCGUUGACGGAAAGGCUGGCGGUCUUGCGGGAGGAGUGUCAGAGGGAGAAGGAGGCCGCCGAUUCCGCUGUCGUGCGACGCAAGGAGGCAGAGGGCGCGCUCCAGGAAUGCCUGGAGGAGUUGAGGGCGCAACGGGCGAAGGUCCAGGAGGGCGAAGCUGGUAUCCAAGACGUGCAAGCGCAGCUCGCGAAGCUACGGCAAGAGCAACAGGAGCUCGUCAGCACAGUUGAACGCCACGAGCAGCGGGCCGCCGCCGCGGAGCGUAAAGCAGAGGCCGCGGAACAAGAACUCCAAAGCAUCCGAGAACAGGUGGCUGCGGCGCAGCGGCAGCUGGCUGAAGCAGCGGCGCAGACGGCGGCAUUGCGCAAUGUGCCUGGAGGGAUUAACAGCGGCUUCGUCGCUGGGACACCCGGCUUGCAAGCUACCCCUGCUGCGGGCAUGGGCAUGGCGAUGGGAUCGGGCAUUUUCGCAUCGCCCGCACUGGAUCACGGCAGCGGCUUGCAUGGCGGACCCAUGGGUCAGUUUGCUGCCCAGCAGAAUUUCUUGACCAUUAUGCAACUCCAGGCCGAGACGGAGAGGCUGCAGGUGGCAAUGGUGCAAGCGCAGUCUCGACAGCGGCUGGCAGAGCAGCGGGCGUCUGAUGCCGAGCAGAUGUGCAAUGAGCUGCAAGCGCGGCUGAGCAACGUGCGCGCUCAGGCCUUCCGCUCGGACUUGGGUGGACCCUCGCCGUCUGGUUCCACUGGCUCGGUGCACGUGUGGAGGGCCAAGGCGGAUGAGCUGCAGCAGGAGCUGGAGGCGUCUCAGCACCUCUUGGGCCGCUACAAGACCCGCCUCGCAGCAGCACAGGACGAGUGCAGCGGCCUUGAGGAGGGUCUCCAGCGUGAGCGUGCCGCCACCAGCCGCCUCCGCCAGCAAGUCGACACGUUGCAACAGGAGCUGCAAGAGGCGCGGUCGCGUCUGCAUCAGAAGCUGCAGCACACGCAGCAGCAGCAGGGAGAUGCGGGGAGCGGGGCCCUGCACGUUGGGCAUUCGGCGCAGCCAGCGAUUGCGGAUGGCGGUAGUGCAGCUGCUGCUGCUGCGUCUCCUGCUGGAAAGAAGGCUGUGAGCAGCGAGCAGGUUGAGCAAGCCGCGCAGCAGCUACGUAAGCUUCAACUGCAGGUGGCUCGCCAGCAAGAGUCGCACAAGGAGCUCCUGGAGGGGCAUGCCAAGCUGCAGCAGCAGGGCGCCGCCAUGCGUUCUCAGCUGGAGGAGGCGGCUGGGCAGCUGGUCACGCUCAAGGCGCAGUUUGAGAAGGGCAAGCGCAAAGUGGAGCACAUGAAGGACCAGCAGGCGGAGCUGCAAGGCCGCAUCGCCGCCUUGACCACCGAGGAGCAGCUGGUGCGUUCCAGGCUGCAGGAGCUCAAGCAGCAAACAGCAGCGCAGGAAAGUAGCAACGCAGCCCUCAUGCAAUCCGCACAGCACGCCCAACACGACCUACUGGAGCUAAGGACGCAGGUUGCCAGGGUGCAACAGGAGCUUGCAGCGGCUGAGGCGCAACGUGACGCCAUCCUGGUUAGUGUUGCCGAGGCGGAGCGCCGCAUGAUGGGCGUUCCUCAGCAGCACCAGCAGGGACACGUAGGAGCCGGAGGUCCGGUGGUUUCGGGAGUGCAGGCGGCGGAGCGGCUUGCCGGCUUGGAGCAGGAGCUGAGGACAGUGAAGCAGGCGUAUCAGACCGCAGAGGAGACGCUGGCAGAGGAAAGACGGCAGUUGCAGCAGUGUAAGGCUGAGCUGGCGGCGGCGCUGACGGUGGGGGCUUCACAUGGCGGCCGACUGCAGGACGGAUUGGAAAGGCUGCAGGCUCAAGUUGCACAGCUGCAGGCUGCGCCAGCUGCUGCUGCCUACCCCUCCGCUGCCACCGGCACACCGGUCCCUCCGCACCGACAGCUUGCGGUCUUCCCGGGGCAUCAGGCGGGCCCCUCCAUGGGUGGUGAGACGCCCGCCCCAGAUGGCAACCUGUCGCUUCGGUUGGCGGCCGCCCAUGCACCACCUGCGGUGUGGGAUGGGACGCAGGCUGACCUGGCGGAGGCGCGGCGUGAGCUGCAUGAGCUUCAGUUACGUAUCGCCGUGGCGAACGCAGAUGAGGCUCGCUUGUCUGCCACAUGCAGCGAGCUACGACGGCAAGUUGCGGUGGCGGAGCAAGACUUGAGUCUUCGACGACAGCAGGUGGCGGAGGCCGAGCAGCGGCUAGCGGCUGUCCAGGCGGGUACGGCACAGGGCGUCAAGGAGGCGGAGAUUGCAGCGGAGUUGUCGGAGCUCCGGAGCAUGGUGCGAACGCUGCAGCAGCAGGCCCACAAAGCGGAAACACUGGAGGCGGAGGCAAAGCACCAGUCACAGCUGGCGGCCAUGCGGGUCUCGCACGCCGAGGAACAGCUUCGGCUACAGCAGCAGCAGUCCGCCCAGCAGGCACAAGUCCACGCCGCCCGCCUUGACGAAGCCAAAGCUGCAAGCGAGCGUGAACGCCGACUCGCCGCGGAGCUCCAGGACCGCAUCUCCCAGCUGCAGCGCCAGGCGGAGGAGCAGGCCUCCGCCAUGCGUACUGCCGCACAGCAGCACGCCACCGCUCUCCAGUCUCAAGCGCAACAACACGGGAGCCGUGUGGCUGCACUUGAAGCCGCUUUGACACACGCCCAAGCCCAGGACAGCGCCGCAUCUGCCGCCUUGGCUACCGCCCGUGCGGACGCAGAACGGCUCAAGGCAGAGGUACAGAGGCUGUCCAUGCAGCUCUUGGAGGCACGUGACGCCAAGCAGCAGCUCAGCUCAGGCGUGGCUGAAGCGACACACGGCCUAGCUGGGGCCCAAGCUGAGGCGGUGCGGCUUAACGCCCUGGUAACACAGCUCCAGGGGCAGCUCACGGAGGCCGAGAGGGCCAGGACGCAGCUCGCUUCCGAGGCAGCACGCAAUGCCGCGGCACUGGCCGUGGCUGAGGCGGCGGAGAAGGAGCUCCGGGCUGAGGUGCAGAGCCUGGCUGGCCGGCUGGGCGCUGCGGAGCGCUCGGCUGCACAGCUGAGGGAGGAGGCACGUGGCUGGGCUCAGGAGCUCAGCGCAGCACGGGCGGAGCGCGGGCAGCUCCAGGAACGAGCCGCACGUUCUGAAGCCGGGCUGGCUGAGUCCGAAGCGGCUGCCAGCCAGCUGCGCGUGCAGCUGGCGCAAGCCAAGGCCGAGGCUGCGCAUGCGCGUGGCUUGGGUGAGGUGCUCAGUGCGGCGCGAGCGGAGCAGCGGCAGCUGCGGGACAGGGCGGCGCGGCUGGAGUCAAGCCUGGCGGGCGCGGAGGCGGCGGAGGUACAGCUGCGAACGCAGCUAACUCCACGCUCAUCUAGGACUGUGGAUGUGACACUGCAUGAUUCUGCCAUGACGCCUCGGAGCCCCGGCGACGGGCUCCCCGACACGCCAGUCGCGGAAACCCGGCGGCUGCAGCAACGGGUUGCGAGGCUAGAGGCCAACCUUGCGGAGGCGGAGGCCAACGCGAUGCAACUUCGCAUGCAAAUGGCUGCGGCCAGGGAUGCCGCAGACGCUGAGGCCGCAGUGGCGCAGAGCUUGAGGCGGGAACUCCAUGCCAUCCGGGCGGACCAUGUGCUGUUGCAGGAACGUGUUGGUCAACUGGAGGUGAGCCGCGCCGAGGUAGAGGCUGCUGCGAAGCAACUUCGCGUGCAGUUGGCGGAGGCCAAAGCUGUUGCGGAGGUUGAGGCUGCGGCAGUGCGCGGUUUGCGUGAGGAGCUGGGAGCAUCCCGGUCUGAGGCCGCGGCCGCAGUACAGGGCCUACGUGAGGAGCUCAACGCAGCAAACUCAGAGCGUAGGGAGCUUCAGGCCAGGGCUGCUCGCUUCGAGACAAGCCUGCCGGAGGCUGAGGCCGCCCUAGCACAGCUGCGAAAGCAGCUGGAGGAAGCUAGAGCUGCGGCGGACGCUCAGGUCGCCGUGGCACAAGGCCUACGAGAGGAGCUAGCUGCAGCGCACCAGGAACGCGGGCAGCUGCAGGCGAGGGUUUCAUGCUUGGAGGGGAGCCUGGCGGAGGCCGAGAACACUGCGGUGCAGUCGCGCAUGCAGUUGACGAGGAUGAAGGCGGUGAUGGAGGCUAGGGCGGAGGCCGAGGUGCAGACGGACGUGAGGGCAGAUGCCAGGUAUGCGGCAAUGGCUGUUGGAGGCGAGGUCGGGGCUCAUGGCGACAGCGGCGGGGAGCGGUUGAGGCGUCGCACCGAGGAUGCACAAGCGCAAACUGACGUUAUCCAGGAGCAACAGCCGAACGCCGGAGCUCUGGCGCUGAGGCAUGCGGAGGAGGUCGCCAGGCUGCAGGGUAUGCUGGCUGCACUUGAAGCUGAGCUAUCAAGGCGGCAGGACGACCAUCGGCGCUGCCUAUCCGACAUCGCCCAGGAGCACUCGGCCGCCAUGGCGACGCAGACGGAGCGAUCGCGGAUGCAGCAGGCCGCUUUGCAGGAGCUGGCAGCUAACUGCGACGCGCUGCGUGGCCAGCGCGAUACCGCCAUCGCGGAAUUGGAGGAAGCGGCUGCGGCGCUGCGGGCUGCCGAUGCACGGGCACGGGAGCUGGAAUUAGCGAACGAGAAGUUACAGGCGGAGGUCGCUCGGCUGGAGCAGCUUGCGCUGGAGGCGAUUACGCUGAUUGACCACUUGCAGCAGGAACGGAAGUCGAAACAGCGCCCCGAGGAGCGCCCGGAGCCCACCAACGAGGCCGCAGCAGGGGACACGGCCAAGGUCGGAAGUGCGCCUACUGUCAUAUCAGCAGCAGUAGCAACAACCACGUCGGAGACAGCAGCAGCAGGUACGUCUUCGCCUCACGAGGAGCUGAGCCGCGAGCUGGAAUUGGUACGGCAGCAGCUUACGGCGCAGACGGACGCUUGCGAGCAGCUCCGACAGCAGCUGGCAGCCUUGGAGCAGCAACAGCAGGCGAAGCUGCAGGAGGUACAGGCGGAGGAGUUGCAGAGGCUGCAAGGCGUGCGGGACGAGUAUGCCCGGUUGGAGCAGCAACUGCAGGCGGAGCUAGAGCGCACGCAGGCUGCUGCAGCUCAGGUGGCUUCGGAGCUGAAGGAGUGCCAACAGGCGCUGGCGGCUGCGGAACGAGAUGCCCGGGAGGCUGUUCAGGAGGCACUACGAUCCGCGCAGCAGGCCUCCACCUUCCAAGCACAGCUACUGACGUUACAGCAACGUCAGGAGCGGCGGCAGGCCGAUGCCUCGUCUGCAGCCGCGGCGGUUUCUCGUAAGGGCAGCGGAGGUAUGACGAGCGCAGGAGGAUCGCGACCUGCCCAGCCGGCCGUUGGGGCGGCUGGGAGGCCAGCUGUCGUGCCACCGCAGUCCAAAGAGGCGCUGCAGAGCUCGGCGAGCGAGCUGGAGCAGCUAAGGGCGCAAUGCGCGGCUGCGGAGCGGCAGCGUGUUGCACAACAAGAGGAGCUGCAGCGGGUGCAGUCCCGACUGGCAUCGGUGGAGGCCCGCCAUGCUACGGCCCUGCAACAGGUGGCCGCACUCAACGCAGAGCUGUCCAGCCGAGAUGGCGGGCCGCGGCAGCGCCUUCUGGAUGAGGAGGAGGUGCAGCUCCGAGUGGCACAGCAGGCGGCGGCAGACGCUGGGCUGCUGUGUGAGCUGCGAGGGCAGCUUCAUGCGUCUGAGGAGCGGCUGGCCCGAGCUCUGGAGCAGGUCGAGCAGGCGGAAAAGGAGUUGGAAAGGACGCAAGCGGAAGUGGCGAAGCUGCGGAAGGAGCAGCAGCAGCAGCGGGCGCGGAGCUGGAAAGGGAGGCAGCGGAGGCAGACGCAGGGAGGACGGCGGCAUGGGCAGGGAAGGCGGUCGGACCAAGGGCAUGGUGGCGCUUCUGCGUGCAGCAGCCCCUGCAGCAUCAGCCUUCGCAUGGGCGCUGCUGAGCGAUCUGAAGGAGAGGGUGAUGAGCGGGAAGGCGAGUACGGUAGCGAUGGCGGCGGCGGUGAUGUUGGGCUGCAGCGCGGCAACCCCGAUAUUCUGCAGCGAGCUGUGCAGCGGGUGAUGUCGGCGCUAGUCAGGAAGGGCCUGGGCGCAGCUGAGGGCUUGACGGGGUGCAACAGCAGUAGCGUCAGCAGCGGCUGCGACAGCGAGAGCGAGAGCGAGUGCUUGUCGCAAUCCCGCUCGGCCGCACGGCGGAGAGCCGCAGGCCGUCAGCAGCAGCAGCAGCAGCAGCGGGCGCGAGCACCUGGAGUUCAGCGUUGGUUGCGGCAAAGCUACGAUUCUGUUAUCGGGGGCAGGGCUGGCAGCCUAGCUGUCAAGGACGACGCUCCCAGCCCCGUUGACAGCUUGGGCCGGGCAGAUUCACGCGACGGGCUGCGCAAGGAGAUCUUGCACGUCCUACAGGACCUCUUACCUUCGCUCCAGCCUCAGGAGCGACCCAUGGGUCGUCGACCCGGCUGCGACGCGCAGGACGACUUACAAACCCCACCAGCUCUUGCCACGGGCGCAGCGGAUCCGCCAAAGGCCACUCCGGCGGCUACUUCUGCUGUGGCUGCAUGCCAGACAGAUGAAACUCUGGAUUUCGGAAGUGCUCUGGUACCCAUGUCCCGCAUUACCGCCGCCGCCACAUAUCUCGCCGAGCUCCAGCAGCAGCAGGCGGCGCUGCUAGCCAAGGUAGCGACCCUGCGGUGUCAGGCAGCGGAGGCGGAGGCGCUUGCGGCGGCUCGCACCGCUCGAGUCGCCGAGCUGCAGGCGCGGGAGCAGCAGCUGGAGGCGAGCUGCGGAGCACUGAAGCGGCAAGUGGAGGAAAGCAGCCGUCAACUCGAGGACAACGCAUCACGCUGCCAGGCCUCCCUGCACGAGAUGCGUGCGCUGCUGGACGAUGAGGUGGGUCGGCUGCGGCAGCAGCGCUCCUGGCUGCUGGCUGACGUGGAGCACGCGAAGAACCUGCUACGGGACUGCACCGGUGCGCUGCGGAUGGCGCGGGUGUCGCUGCAGGCCCACAGCGCAGUGGACGGCGCACUGGCAAGCCUGGCUGCUGCGGCUGCAGCGGACGCCGGCGGCCCGGGUCCGCAGUCGCUGCACCACGUGAGGGUGGUGUUUGGCUGCAUGGCGGAGCUCUGCGGCCGGGCGGAGGCGCUCGCAGCCACGCUGGGGCCCCUCGUGUCACGGCUGAGUGCCGUCACCAUCCCGCAGCCACACGACAGCGACCUGCACCUCACCAGGAUCCCGCUACCGCCACCAUUACCGCAUGUCGGCCUGCAAGCCCAGGGCUCAUUACCGAACGGGCCUGGCGCGGUUGCACCCACCAUUGCAGCAGCCACUGUAGGACCAGCAGCAGCAGCAGCAGCGGCGGCUGGAACAGCAGCAGCUUCCAGCUAUACCCAGGCGGUAUCCAUGGCAGCAGGGGCAGGAGCCGGGGCCGCAGCGUCCGUUGUGAGCUUCGAGGAGGUCCAGAAGGCGCUGAAGCGGGCGUACCUGCAGCUGCAUGAGCGUGCUCGCAAGUUUGACCAAGUGCUGAAGGCGGUGGCAGCUGGGGAGCCCCUUCCUGCCGAGGUCUUGCACGAGGGCUUCCAACGGCUCUGGAACAGCACGGAGGAGCAACUGGGAGACGUGCUUCGCUUGACAGCCGGACCAAGCCAAGCGGCGCCACUGCUGGCAGUAAUACAGCCGGGCAGCAGCUACAUCGGGAGCCAUGCAACGGAAGCCGACGCUGCCAGUGCCCCAGGCAUCCCCUGCGACUUGACAACCACCAACUCCCAACGGCAACACGUCAACCGAGACCUGACGUCCCUCGUUCCCAAGGCUCUUCCGGCCUCACCAGCUCGUUCUCCGCUGGGCGCUAUCCAGAACCGUAUCGGCCCCAACCAGCACCAACCGCAACAGCAGCACCCGCAGCAGGUCGUCAAGAACCGCGCGUCCACCGUGACCGCAAAUGCGGCUCCAACAGCUGCAAACCGCAGGGCUCCUGCAACCCGGAUUCCUGACGGGGCCGCUGGAAACGGUCGCACUAGCGGUGGCGGCGGCACCACAGCACGUCCAACAUCGCAUGCACCGCAGCCCCAGCAGCAUCGUCCGCUGCAUUCUCCACGCCGGACCCCUCCGCUCGCCUCACCCCCACCCGUGACACGGCAGCAGCCGCAGCAGCAGGCUCGGCGGCUGCCGCUGCAGCAGUCCUCACGACCACAUGCGGCAGCUGAAUCACACAUGCAAGGAGGUAUCAGAGGCGCAGCUGCACCAGCGGGCAUGCAAGGCGGCUUCGGAUGCAGCGGAGAGAAUCCCCAGCGGAGGGGUGUGGAGGCGCAGCUUCAGCAGGUGCUGAGCCUGGCGAAGGAGGUCCAGGCCAAGGGCAAGGGCACGGCAACGGCAUCCAGAGCCGAACCGAGGGUGCCCAACAUCAGGCAUUAGACCUGAUGUCCUGUACAACCGCUGUGUGCCGGGGGCUCGAUGAUUAUACAUGGCGACCAGGCUGUUGCUGGAAGGGUGUGCGGUGUGAUGUGGAGUUUUGGUGUGGCAAAAUGUGGUAUUUUGUGUGUGAGAGGCCGACCUACAGACCACAUGCAUAUUGUGGUUGCAGUCCUUGUAAGUUUUUGAUGGUAGUGGUAUUUGGAGGCUUAUGGUUACGAUUUAUUUAGUCGGCGUUGGACGGUUGACUGUAUUGACAAAGUGAAGGUACCUUGGUUGUGGAUGUGCUACAUCCAGAUGGUACGGUUGCGCAUCAAACUGUUCUGCUGCAACAAGCUACCUGGCAUGUGACUUGACGUAACUUCGGACAAAAGAAUGCUUUAUUUGUUGCUGUGAACAUGCAACAAGAAUUUGGGAGAAGACGGACGCGCGUGCGCAGGCUUGGAUUACGAUUACAAUUACAUGGCCC